AUGGCUAGAGAAUACAAAAACUCCUUGGUCAAAACUCCUUUCACUGACGAUGUGUAUAUGGUUGAGAGGCCCAAGAAAUUUACCAUGCCUUCUUUUAUUCAGUUUGAUGGUAUGGGGGAUCCUUCUCGACAUCUAGAUCAUUACGCCCAAAAGAUGGCUUUGGAUGACCGUAAUGACCCUUGGAUAUGCAGAGUUUUUCCUACCAACUUGACAGGAGUAGCACUAAAGUGGUUCAGGAAUAGGCCACAUAAAUCCAUCCUAGAUUACGUAACUCUGUGCACCAUGUUCCAGGCACAAUACAGCGGAAAUAAGAAGCAAAAGAAGAGUAUUGCUAGCCUCUUCACCAUAAGGCAAAAGAAGGGGGAAACAUUGCAGGAUUUCUUAUCUAGAUUCAACAUGGAAGCCUCGGAAAUAGCAGAUUGCUAUCCCGCGACUACUAUAGAAACAUUUAAACUUGCGAUGAUUCAGGGGACGAAGUUUCACACUUCCUUGGUCAAAUAUUCUCCUCUCGACAUGCAGACUCUUAAUAGCAGGGCCCAGAUUUACAUUCGGCUCGAGGAAAAUGUAGCCCACCGAGUGCAGCACGCCACCCUCGUGACGGUGGAGAAUAAGCCUCAAGAGAGAAUUCCAAACUCAAAGAUUCAGAAAAGCCAACCCGCCUCAACGCCGAUCACCCAAGCACCUUAG